AUGUUGUUAGCCUUAUUCUUGUCACUUGUGCUCUCUCUUACAGUUGAACCGAUUGACUUCUUAAAGGGAGACGCAACAAAGAAUCAUGUAGUCAUCUCAGCUGUUCACUCGAACGUACCCAAUUAUGUUGGGAAUGUCUAUGCGUACAGAGAGAAAAGUUCUGACACGGUCAUGAACAUAGUAGUGGAGAUGAAUGGUCAAAGUAAAGUCACCAAAUACGAGUCGAGUCAAUUGACUCGACCACAAAUUGGGUUUGCGAAGAACAACAUGUAUAUAAUGAACCACGGAAACAUCGAUGUGUAUAACUUGAAUAGCUCAGUGUUGACUUCCAAACCGGCUAUACUCUCAGGAGUCGAGUCUUUUUCCCCAUUAACUGUUAUCACCAAAGAAUUUGUGACUGGGAAGCAAGAAGUCUUUCUUGUUGUGUGUAGAAAUGGCGGACUUGCUGUAUAUAAUGAAACAUUUGCUGUUGUUCAACAAACGACAAACCCAUGUGGCAACUACACUUCAUUUGGAUCAAAUUACUUGAUGGUCAAAAGUGACGUCGAUAUCGAGUUAUACACGUUCAAUAGUCCAGGCGUGUUAACGUUUUAUGAUAAUAUCGAAUUUGCAGAUGCCACAUCACAGACUGUUGCUACCGACCCCGCAGUCAUCAACGAAUUUGAUGUCAUCUACACACUCAUUUCAGACAAAAACAAAGUCCAAGUCAACUCACCAAAUGCAUACAAAAGUCCUGUUUUCAUCACCAAUGUGUUUAUCAACCCAUAUGGUUCUGCUGCAAUAAACACUUUUAUUGAUACCAACUCCACUUCGUUGUUAGCAACAUACAACUCAUUUUUGCUUAUUGGAGCAGUUGGAUAUGCUGCUGGUAUUAAAGAGAGAACUGGUGGCGCAUACCUUUUUUUUGAUAAAUACUUGGUCACCCAAAGAGAACGAUUUGAGAGAGUGUGGUCUGUUAAUGGAUCACUGUCGUAUGAUUACAUGGGCUAUGUCGUUGCGAUGGAUCAAAACAAUGUCUAUCUUGGAGGAAAAGUUAAAUUAGAAACAAAUGGAAGUUUGACUGGCGUGAAAAUCGAUGUGUCCAAAUUCACUAAAAACUAUUGCACGGGCGUGAUAUGUUCUUGCCCACAAGGAUACUAUUAUAACUCGUACUUUAGACAAUGUUUCAAACAAGUUGGUGGUGUAAGUUCUAUUAUCAUCGCAAUUGUAUGUGUGUUUGUACUCAUUUUACUUGUUGGCUUCAUUAGUGUGAUGUACAACAAAUGGAGUAAAAAGGGUAAGAAAAUGAUUGUCGUAGAUGGGACAUCAUAUGCCUUCACACAACUGAAUGAGAUCCAAAUCACUUUAUCUUCCGAAGUUCUUACAUUUGGAUAUGAAAAUGGCAAGUUGGCGCCUAUUAACACUUCACUCCAACAAAGUGUGACAAUAACAAAUAACUCGAUGACGACGAAGAAAUUCUCGUUAGAGCUGAAACCGUCAUAUAAAUUCACUAUCAAUGCGAACACAACAAACUUCGUAAUCAAAUCUCAAGACAACGCCACUGUUAUAUUUACGAUUACAAUGAAUUGUACAUGCAAAACAGACGACGAUGACUGGAUCGGCUUUAGAGUGACUGAAGAAAAGGAUGAAAGUUCCCCACAAUUUAUUAACGCAACAAUCGAUAUAACAACAGAGGAUAGUGUCUUUAUAGACUAUAAAACAGUGGCUUUUAACAGAGCUAUUGCGAACGGACCAAACUCGGAGACGGUUCUUGUGAAUUAUAAGGAGAAACCAUUUGCUAUGAAAAAAAACUUGAGAACGCGUUCAUUCUGCCGGUAUCUUUUGCGUCACUUGCACAGGACAACUACGCGAUUUUGA